UCAUUAUACAUGAGCAUUGUUAUCAUUUCCAUCAUAUGUGAAUUAUUGAAUUUAAUAUCAGUCUGAAAUUAGUGAAUAUUGUACAAAAAAUAUUAGAUUCUAUGUAAUAUGUCUUCCGUAGACAUAAUGCAGGGUCAUUGCCGUUGUUGUUUGAUUAAAAACAAGUCUAAUGCAUACUAUGUGUUCGGAACUCUUGCGGAAUUCAAGAGUAAAAUUUGCGAACUUAUAACAAAUUGCACUGGAGUCACGAUCACGGAGGAUGAUCCAUUUUCUAAAAACAUUUGUCCAAAUUGUUUGAGUGAAUUAAUCAAAGCAACCCGUUUCCGAAUUCGUAGCGCACGAUCGCAAGACAUCCUACUGAGUAAUAAAAUGCUUCUCGAUACAGAUUUUGGAGCAGGUUCAAAUGAUAAGUCACACAAACAGCUACUAAAAACACUCAACGAGCUAACUAAGGCUCAGCUGAAAGUUGCUCCAUUACCGGUUAAAAAAACGAAGAACAAACGAAAAAAAACUAAAGUGGUUUCCAAUACGGAUCAGAUGGCAUUUCCUUGUUUGCAGUGUGACCGAAGAUUCUCAUCUCGUGCCGCAGUGUCUGUGCACAUGCGAAAACAUCCAAAAAUACCUUGCAACACAUGCGGGGUGGAGUUUCAGUGUGAAUCUGAUCUCGCUAUCCAUCAAGAGCAACACCCAAAAGAACAAGAAACACCGCAAUCAACCGAAGGAAAUUCUUCAACCGAUAUAUUACCGUUUGUAUGUAAGCCGUGCGGAAAAGGUUUCACAAGUAUUGAGUUGCUAAAGGUUCAUAAGCGCGUUCAUUCAGGCAACAUAUUUAGCGAUACUCCGAGAAAAUGUGAGUUUUGUGGCAGAAAAUUUGUCACUAUAUCUCGAUACCUGUUGCACAUGCGUACUCAUGCAGAAGUUGACCAGUGUCAAAAGUGUGGAAAAACGUUUCACUCCAAAAUAAAGUUCAGGCGUCAUAAAUGCAAACCUCCUCGAAAACACCCCUUUCAAUGUUCAAUAUGCAAAGAAGUAUUACAAGAUGAUAUUGGUCUGAGAAGACAUCGUAGUACACACGUUAUUGAUCGACCAUUUGAGUGUGAGUACUGCGAUAAGGCGUUCAUCCAAAAACGCAACCUCAUGCUUCAUAUGCGCUACCAUACUGGCGAAGACACCUAUCGUUGCGAAAUUUGUGACAAACGAUUCAUUUAUAUGCAUCGGUUCCAACAGCACAUGGAAAUGCAUAACAAUCCUAAUAAAACGGCCUGGGAGUGCACGUUAUGCAGUAGAGAAUUUAAGGUACAAACAGAGCUCAAUCGACACAUGCGAUGGCACAAUGGAGAACUGCCGUAUGAUUGUAGUUCGUGUGACAAGUCGUUCCGUGAACAACGUCAGUUGGUGAAGCACGAACGAAUCCACACUGGAGAGAAACCAUUCCAGUGUGACCUCUGCGGCAAAGCAUUUCACUGUUCAAACAUCCUUACCAAACAUAGAGCCCGUCAUGAUAACCCAACCCUGACAUAUGAAUGUGACAUCUGUGGAAAUGUGUUCACUAGAGCUAACUACCUGGCGUUUCACAGAAAAAAACAUUUCAAGUCUGUUCCGAAUGACAAAAUGGAUGAUAACCAACUAGCCGAACAGAUCCAGAUUGAUCACCAGACCGCUGAUCAACCGGAUGUUGUUUAUGUUUAAGGUUUAUUUUGAAUUGGUAGUUUGGAAAGGAGUUUAUUGAGAAAAUAUAUGGUUUUGCACAUAACUUUGACAGGUAUUGUAGAAAGUAGGCAAUAGUUCCCAAUUAGGGUUCUAUGAAUGAGAAUAAAUAUUUCUACUUAAGUUUGAAUGUUUUUAGAUGGUAAAACUUUCCAAACAUAACGUGGUGUCUUAAAACGUACGAUUAAAAGCUGCACUAUAUUAUUGAAAAUUUCAGAUGCAAUUUGAUAUUUGUACCAAUACAAAUUUGAUAUGGAUGAAAAAACAUAUUCAAAUAUACGAAUAAAGUCAGUUU